AUGGUGAACGCUUUGAAAGUAGAAGAGGGGAAACUCAUAACUGGUAAGGUUUCGCUAUUCUCAACCUUGCUCCAGAUCGCUCUCCGAUUCGGCACAUCGGCGUCGGGCGCGGCCAAGCAGGCGAUUGCCCAACUCGUCCGUCCCAUCGAUCACGCGCAAAGCGGUCCCACCCCGCGGCCCAUUGACAACACCGCUGCGAGGCGAAGUGGC